AUGCUUCGUCAGGAAAAAGGUGUCCAUCUUGGAAGUCGGUGUUUUGUGUCUUGUGAAUGUGGAAAAUCUUUUAAAAGUAGAAAUUGUCUCCGAUAUCAUCAGAAAGUUCACACUGGAGAAAAGCCUUAUCAAUCCAGUGAAUUAGAAAGAUCUUUUACCUCUAAGACCAUCCUUCAUCAACAUCAGAGAGUUCAUAUGGGAGAAAAGCCGUAUAAAUGCAUUGAAUGUGGAAAAUCUUUUGCAGGGAGCAAUGGUCUUCGAUAUCAUCACAGGGUUCACACUGGAGAAAAGCCUUAUAAAUGCUAUGAAUGUGGAAAAUCUUUUACAGGGAGCAAUGCUCUCCAAUAUCAUCAGAGAGUUCACACUGGAGAAAAGUCUUAUAAAUGCAGUGAAUGUGGAAAAUCUUUUGCAGGGAGCAAUGCUCUCAAAUAUCACCAGAGGGUUCACACUGGAGAAAAGCCUUAUAAAUGCAGUGAAUGUGGAAAAUCUUUUACCCAGAGCUCUACCCUUUGUUAUCAUCAGAGAGUUCAUAUGGGAGAAAAGCCAUAUAAAUGUAGUGAAUGUGAAAAAUCUUUUACACGGAAAAAAGGUCUCCUAUUUCAUCAGAGAGUUCACACUGGAGAAAAGCCUUAUAAAUGCAGUGAAUGUGGAAAAUCAUUUGUAGGGUGCAGUGGUCUUCAAUAUCACCAGAGGGUUCACACUGGAGAAAAGCCCUUUAAAUGCAGUGAAUGUGGAAAAUCUUUUACCCAGAGCUCUGCCCUUCGUUGUCAUCAGAGAGUUCAUAUGGGAGAAAAGCCAUAUAAAUGUAGUGAAUGUGGAAAAUCUUUUACACAGAACAAAGGUCUCCUAUAUCAUCAGAGAGUUCACAGUGGAGAAAAGCCUUAUAAAUGCAGUGAAUGUGGAAAAUCUUUUAUAGGGAGCGGUGGUCUCAAAUAUCAUCAGAGAGUUCACACUGGAGAAAAGCCUUAUAAAUGCAAUGAAUGUGGAAAAUCUUUUACAGGGAGCAAUGCUCUGCAAUAUCAUCAGAAAGUUCACACUGGAGAAAAGCCGUAUCAAUGCAGUGAAUGUGGGAAAUCUUUUACCCAUUCAAGUACCCUUCGUUAUCAUCAGAGACUUCAUACGGGAGAAAAGCCUUAUAGUUGCAGUGAAUGUGGGAAAUCUUUUACAAGGAACACAGGUCUCCAAUAUCAUCAGAGAAGAGUUCACACUGGAGAAAAGCCUUACAAAUGUAGUGAAUGUGGGAAAGCUUACACCACUAGCAGUCAUCUUUAUCGUAAUCAGAGAGUGCACACUGGAGAAAGGCCUUAUCACUGCAGUGAAUGUGGAAAAUCUUUUACACACAGCUCUGUCCUUCGUUAUCAUCAGAGACUUCAUACAGGAGAAAAGCCUUAUAAAUGCAGUGAAUGUGGGAAACCUUUUACAAGUAGCAGUGGUCUCCAUUAUCAUCAAAGGGUUCACACUGGAGAAAAGCCUUAUCAAUGCAGUGAAUGUGGAAAAGCUUUCACCACUAAGACCCAACUUCAUCAACAUCAGAGAGUUCAUACAGGAGAAAAGCCUUAUCAAUGCAGUGAAUGUGGGAAAUCUUUUACCCAGAGUUCUGGGCUUUAUUAUCACAAGAGAAUUCAUACAAGUCAAAAGCCUUAUAAAUGCAGUGAAUGUGGAAAAUCUUUUACCCAGAGUUCUGGACUUCAUUUUCAUCAGAGAAUUCAUACAGGAGAAAGGCCUUAUCAAUGCAGUGAAUGUAGAAAAUCUUUUACAAGUAGCAGUGGUCUCCAUUAUCAUCAGAAAGUUCACACUGGAAAAAGCCAUUAUGAGUGCAAUUAAUGUGAGGUAUCUCUCAGGCAUAUUUCUAAAUUCACUCUCCACCUAAGAGUCCAAAUGUGAGAAAUAUCUUAGAUGUGUAGGAAAUGUAGUUUCUAAGUUAGGACUUAACAAUAGUACA